GAAGAUAUGCAAGAAUGCAAGGUAUGGGGGGUAGACCCUGGGGUUACUGAAGUCUUCGUGGCUGUCGACAAUAGCGAUCCUUCCGAACGACACCAGGUACGAAAGUUUUCCUCAGCAGAGUAUUACGUGAAAGCGGGAUAUAAGAAAACGAACAACACUAUUUGUGAAACGAAACAAUCUCAAAAUAUCGAUCGACUUGAAUCUUCAAUACCGUCGCCCAAAACAAGCAGUAUGGAUGGUAUACAAUUGUAUAUUGAAGGAUUACUUGAUGUUUUACCCCAAUUGGUCCAAUUCUAUGGCACUGAAAUACAACGGCUGCGAUUCCUCAAUUACAUCGGGAAACAAAAGGUACAAGACGAAAGGAUCAAUAUCUUCGUUAAUGGCGGCAAGAAAUACAAU